AUGAAGACCGCAUUCGCAAUCGUCAUGGCUUUUGCCGCCUCGAUGGCCUCGGCUGGGGUUAUGAUCACGCCAAUUCGCGCCAACCAAGUUGUGCCCAAGGCCCCGAAUGAUUGCUUCUACGGUGUGACAACCCCUCAGGGCUGUGGGCCCCUCCGAACGUAA